AUACCCAAGAAGACUCUAGGCUGUAAUCGCUGCCUAAGGUGCUUCAACAAAAAACUGAGUAAAGGGUCUGAUUACUAAUGUAAAUGUGAUGUAUAUUUUAUAAAUUCGCUAACAUUUCUUAACCUGUUUUUAGUUUGUCAUUAUCGGGUAUUGUGUGUAGAUAGAUGAGGUAAAAAAAAGAAAAAAAAUCAUUUUAGAAUAAGGCUGUAACAAAACGUGGAAAAUUUGAAGUGGGCAGAAUACUUUCCGAAGGCACUGUCUGUUCUGUAAGUAUAUGUUUUCAUGAACUGUUCCCUUUGUCUUCACAGCAACCUCAGAUGAUGAUGAUGAGGUGAUUACUAUGAUCAAAGAGCAUCUGGAUACCCGAAUCAGGCCCACAGUGCAGGAGGAUGGUGGAGAUGUCCUGUAUUGCGGCUUUGAGGAUGGCAUUGUGAAGCUGAAGCUGCAGGACACCUGCACCAGUUGCCCCAGCUCCAUGGUCACACUGAAGAGUGGCAUCCAGAAUAUGUUGCAGUUCUAUGUCCCUGAAGUGGAAGGGGUAGAGCAGGUGAAGGAUGAGCAAGAGGAAGUUGUCCAAGGCUGAGUCCAAUGGAAUUGACUGACUUUACAGACAUUCUUCUUACCCUCUCCCCUCCAGCACCCACUCCUGACUCCAUCCUAUAGUUGAUUAAUGAGCAUCGUAGAGUCCUGUCUAAAGCACAGCAGUGGUAAAAGAAGAACUGCAGGGUUAUUUGGAGAGAUUUCUCAUUGAACUUCAUAGCAAUUCUCAGAGAUUGUCAGCUGUUAAGUCAUUCUGGCUAUGUGUUUCAGUGGGUAAGAUGUACUGUCUUUGUCCUGCUGCUUGCUUUGAUAGGCUUCUAAGGUGAAGGAUUCCAGCUUGUCUGACGAUUCAUUUAUUACAGUUUCUAGUAUUAUCACACCAUAUAACUCAGUAAGUAUUGGUUAUUACAGGCCCAAUGCAGCCGUUUGUAUAUGCUUAUCACCUCAUUUCUGGGUAACAAUUAAGUACCUUACUGUAAAAGAUUUCCAUUCAAAUGGGCAAAAUAGCUUUUUAGCAAAAAACGACAUCAAGUAAGGAUUUUGCAAAGGGGAGAAUGGAGAACUAGCUGUCAUUGUCAGAGAGGUUUGUAGCUCUUUAUUGGUCUAUUAAUUUACCGCAUGGUGAUGUCACCAUGGAAAGCAGAAACUCCCACACAUGCAAACCUGCUGUUUAGAAAGUCCUGUGUAGAUUGUAUUUUCAACCAGCAGCUAUCAGGAAAUAACACUGAUAAAUUGUUUCACUCCUUUACAGUGUUUGGUUCAUCAGCUGUUGUUCAAUAUAUACAUUUGGACUGCACUGAGCCUUUUAAAAAGCACAACUCCAUCCAUAUACAACACAAAUGUGCACAUUGUAUAAUGUAAAUAAAUAAAAUGCAUUGAAUUAAGUAUGAAAUUAUUUUCUUUAAAAUGUAGUUCUUUCUUGAACUGCACUGUUGGUUCAGAGCUUGUAAGUACGCAUUUAAAGUCUACACGUUAUGUUCGGCGCAUGUGACAGUUUGAUAUGAUUUGAAAUUGCCAACCAAAUAAUCUGUCAACCUGACAGGGAAAUGGUGCACAGAUGGAGUAUGGUCUGGAGGAAAGCUUGAGUUUGUGUUGGUUUUUAACU